GCAAGCAGCGAACCCUAGCUUCUUCACUCCCUUCUCCUCUCUCGGUUCAUGUCGCGCUUAGAUCACCCAUUCCGAGCGUUGGUGACUUUUAGCCCGCAACCCCCACAUUACAGGGUAGCCGAUUCGCCGACAUUCGUAUGUUGAAUGGGAGCCAGAACCCUCUUGCCUGGUCAUCUUGCCAUCCCCCAUGAUGGCGAAUAACGAGCCGCAUUUCUUAUCCAAGAAGUUUGAAACUCACCUGCGACAACAAUCGGCGAGAGGCAGUCAACUUUUUAUUUGCCCAUUUUGCAGCGAUGAACGUUCUUUUCAGCGCGAGCACAACUUAUGGACCCAUGUGCAAAGCUGCCAUGCGGACCAGCUUCCGGCACCCCAUGAACACGCCGCUACCAUCGAGCUCAGGAAAUGGCUAAAGCAGCAUGCGCAUAGAAAAUUACCUGCGGCGAACUCGCAAAGUAGGCCCAAGGGUGAAAAGGUCCAUCUUCCGCCAUCAUCAUCAUCAUCACCUUUCAAAUCUGCUUCCGAUGAGCCCAGCAAAGUCGCAUACUCCCCUGGCGAGACCGCAAUUGAACAGGGUAUCACUUCGGAAUUGAGCGAUAUUGGGAAUCUCUCCCUGGAAAAUCGGCCUGACGAAAAGGUCAAGGAAGACUCACGGCCCCGAAAUGCCAGGAAACGAGCAACUGGUGCAGCUCGAGCGGCAGCAGAAGAGGAUAAUAAACCAACGGCUGAGCACGGAGCUCCCAGGCGCUCCAAGGCUCGCUCCUAUGAGCCCCGAACCCGGCAGGUAGUAGACCCUGAUUUUGACCGCAGUGCGCCACUGUACGGGGGAUCAGGCGAUGGACUCGCUCGGGCGCCGCGUUCCAAUCCCAAACGACUCUUCGAUCCGAAUCUUGAUGAUCCGACAGUUAAGAUGGACGCGAAUAACAAAGCCGCAGCGAGCCCGCGUUUAGAGACGAACGCCCAUGGCUUUCUGGAAAAAGAUGACCAUCCCAGACGAAGAAAGGGAAGGGAUGCAAUUCAGGGACAAUCUGGGCCACGAAAUUGGUCGAAUCACAAGAAGCAGCCUUCUCGGAAACAACCUGGCAACGCUCAAACAGCCUCGGGAAAUCCUCGAAAGGAAGCCGGAUUGCGAUACAAGGGCGCAAUAGCGGAAGGGCCUGGCGCUGAACUCUUUCUCCAACCGGAGACCCGACCUAUCUCGGAAGAGCAGCUUGCGGCUGAGCUCAAGUCAAUCUACGCUGCAUUGGAAAUGGCCGAGGCUAAAGCGAUUGAGGUGGACAACAACCAAAUGCUCUCUUUUCGGAAUGCUGAGGGAGAGAAACCCAAAAUGAGGCCGGAAAGGUGGAGAGCUUAUUUUGAUCUGCAUCGCGCUUUGCUGUACGAACAUCAUGAUUUUUUCCUUGCGUCACAACACCCAUCUGCGAGUGCUUCACAACGCAGGCUUGCGGCAAAACACGCCAUGCCUGCACGCAUGUGGAGAUAUGGCAUCCAUUCUUUUCUCGAGAUUCUUAGGGAUGCCUUGCCGGACUCUAGGGAUCUGAUGCUCUCCUUUAUUUACCUAGCUUAUUCGGUGGUUGCACUUCUGUACGAGACCGUCUCAACGUUUGAAAAUACUUGGAUUGAAUGUCUCGGUGAUCUUGCUCGUUACCGUAUGGCCAUUGAAGAUAAGGAUCCGGAAGACAGAGAAAUCUGGACAGGUGUUGCUCGUUUGUGGUACAGCAAAGCAGCCGACAAGUUGCCCCAGGUGGGCCGACUUUAUCACCAUCUGGCUAUCCUGGCUCGCCCGGACGUUGUCCAGCAGCUCUUUCUCUAUGCAAAAGCAUUGUCGGUGGUCCAUCCAUUCUCGUCCGCAAGGGAAUCUAUAUUGACCUUAUUUGACAUGAUUUCACGUCUUGACGAGCAUCAGAAAGGCUUUGGACAUAUAUUUGUUCAAGCACAUGGCAUUCUUUUCGCCAAGGCAAAUACAGAUGGAUUUCUCAACCUAAAAACAAAAUUUCUGAAUGGUUUAGAUGAUCAUAUAGGGUGUGUAACAAAAAAGUGGAAAGAGCAAGGUGUAUUCAUUGCUAUUUCAAAUUUCGCUGCAAUGUCUGGUUUUGGCUCGGAGGAUAUCUCCUUGAUGCAGAAGCUGGAAUGGGAGAAAUCAAAUCCUUCCGGUGCUAAGCCUGUUGACACUUUCCAACCCCGCGACUCUUCUCGCGACACUUCUUUUGCAAGCUUUAAAUAUGCAAAAGAGUUGGCCUUUUCAGUCCUGAAAAUUGCUCUCGAGCGGAUUGGUGAUGGAAAUGUUUUACCACAUGUGCAUGUGUCACUCGUCUUUCUAUACCACUUAUCGAGUCAAGAUGGGGCAUUAGCAACCUUGGCAUCAGACAUUCCGUGGGGGGCACUUGUUACAAUGUUGAAUUCGCUAUUAUUAUCCGAAAUACCUCUCAAUUGGAUGGAAGGACCAUAUUUUCCAGCGCAGGAGGGAGAUGAUCGUCGGCCGCUACCUGAAGAUUAUCACAUGAGGGGACUGCUCUGGACCAUUAAUUACUUUCCCGACGCUUGGUUCACCGACGUGCUUGUGGAUAACUCUGAGAGAUUUACUGAACAGCCUUCUAUGACACCAGUUCGAGAGGCGCGCAUUCUAUGGCUUGCCCAUCAGAUCUCCAAGAUCUAGCCGCAUGCUGAUCCCGCCUGUUGAUCGUCCAACAUUCGCAUGGUAGCCUUAGACCAAUCAUGCUCAGCCCGACGGCUGCUGAAUUCGAGUGGUUGGUGAGACACGAUACUCUUACAUAUCAACAUCUCAGAAUUCUUCCUAGGAACGGGAUGUCAUGCCAAUACAGCCUCACGUAACGAAUCUCGCAUUCCGUACCCACAUCAUACAUCAAUCAAACAUACUUACUGAGCCUUGCAUCCCGCUAUCUGCCUUUAGUCUGGCGAAUCGCCGUUCUUCUCCCUCGUUUCCCCCACACUCAU